AAAAGGAAAUUUUAUUUAUACAAAGAAUUUAAUGCAUUACACCAGAUACACGAAACAUUUAAAAAUUUAGUUGAGAGACAUAAAAUGAAAGCACAAGUCGAGGAAAAUAAAGCCCUAGAGGGCACCUCUAAAACCCAGGAACUCUGCAAAAUCUUGCAAAAACGGCUGAAGAAGGGUGAAGAAAACAAUAUCAGUCAUUUAGAACACGAAGGUAUAAAUUAUGAUGAUCCCCAGAUCAUCAGUGAACUCCUGAGUGAGUGGUUCUCCAAUAACACCAAAGCACAUCCGUCCCCAAUUCUCGACAUAACCUGCAAAAAUAACUACAAGUUAGGUGAAAUAAACUUUAAUAUACAAAAUAUAGCAUCGGCGGUAAGGACAUUAAAAGCUAACAGUAGUUGUGGGAUAGACGAUAUACCAUCCGUCAUAUACAAAAACGGUGGUACGGAUAUGAUAGUAUUAUUACUUAGAAUAUUUAAUAUCUCACUAGUGACUGAAACCUACCCUGAAACUUGGAAAAACACAUAUAUAUUACCUAAGCAUAAAGGAGGGGCCAAAACUAGUGCAUGUAAUUAUAGGCCUAUCAAUAUAACACCUGUCAUAUCAAGGAUCAUGGAGAAAGUAAUCGAAGACCAAAUGUCAGACUACUUUCUAAAACAUAAACUAGACCUAGGACUGAUAUAUUCACAAAAUCUAUCAUUUUCUGAGCAUAUCUCGAAUCAAGUGUCGAAAUCACGAAGGCUUAUUGGUUUCUUACUCAGAAACUUGUACAGAAACGAAUCCAGAAUACUACUGUACAAGUUUUGUGUGCGCCCACUCCUAGAUUACUGUUCAUUCAUAUUCAGCAGUACACGCAUAGAAGACAAGCUGAAAGUAGAAGGAGUACAGAGGUACUUCACGCGAAAAGUACUCGGAACCGAUAACGGCACAAACUACUCUACCAGAUGUGAAAUCCUGGGACUAGAAACAUUAUGGUUAAGGCGACUGCGACUAAAUCUGUCACUCUUCUAUAAGCUUCUUAACCAAAUAGUGCAUACCCCUGCUAACUAUACUCGGUCCUCAGGUAACACAGGAUACAACCUUAGGCACACUAAAGGUACAGUGGCUAUAGAACCAUGUAAAACAGCCACCAGGCAAAGGUUUUUCUUGGUUAGGUAUGCCCAAAUAUGGAACAAACUACCUGAGAAAACGCGACUAGCAAGCACAUUGGCCUCCUUUGAAAAGGCACUUAAUGACACACUAAGUGAGUUUGUAAUUGAUACCAGUGGUAAUUCCCAUGUAAGAGUUUCAGAAAUCAUAGGCCCGUUUAAUGUAUGAACUCAGAGACUACACCUGUUGUUUGUUUUGCCUCUAUUUAUAAUUCCAGACAAAAAAAGAAGCAGUCAUGACAAUAACACCCAUUCAAUCAAGAGUCGAUCAAACUAUGUCUACCUGAUACAAAGGGCGAACCAUAACGAACAUACGAAUGAAGUAUGAGAAGACAAGGUAGCAACUUACCGCAACACCACAUGAAAAGAUAAAAGUUACUCGAACAUCAUUUAUAAACCACCAACUGGUCUCCUACCCAAAAAGAAUGCGGCGAUGUUUUAUCCAAAAUGGAGAGGAAAUACAUAAAUCCACAGCUGCUGUUGUAAACACUCAGUGGGGGUAGGAGCCAACAAAGUAAUCCUUUCAAAGCAUAUGUAUACUUCAAAUGGGCACGGAGACUCUGUAGAAUACGUCAUAAUCCAAAUCACUGCCUAUACAGCGCCAAUAAACCUGGAUAUCUAUGUGAUAUGUAUCCACAUAUAUAUUUAUGUGUGUGUGUAUGUUGGUCUCUCUUUCUGUAUGCUGGCUUAGCCUGUGACCAUUUCACUUGUAUGAACUUGUCUCUUUUAACAAUGUAUAUUCUCCUUAUAUUAUAUUAUAUAUAAUAUGAGUGUUUGUUGACAGUCCGUUGCUUGGUGACAUAUAUCCAUAUAUGUUGGUUGUUGACAUGUCUGUUAUGUUUCGCUAUGCAUAUGUGGAUCGAUACUUCCUUAUAAUUAGCCAUUCAUGUUAAGACUGUCUAAUGAUUUGUUCACACCCUUGUCAUAUAUAUUUCGCUCACACAAUUUGUGUAACUACUUUACUUACUAAUCACUUUGGUGUGAGACCAUUUAAUUUCGUCUCCUUGUGUUUGGACAAUAGAAGUAUCAUCGCAAACCUAGUGGCCUUCUGAUUUCCGCCUUCUUGCGUCAGGACUAUUAAAUUCUCGACCAGUCCAUAACAAUAAAUUAGUCGACGAGUACAUAACACUAUGAUAUAACGAAAACAUGCAGAGAGCUGCAUCUCAGAUCAAGUUGAUUCAUUCGAUGGUAAUGAUCUGCUCCUGCAUGCCUUAUUCGACAUAUUGAAUGGAAUGGUCCGCGGUUAUUCUGAUACCAGAUCGAAAAGAAUAAAAAAUUCACCGGUUGCUGAAUCAAAAGUACUUCUCUGCAUGUUUAACUGUAUUAUAACUGCUAUGAUUAAUUCCAAACCUUUUAUCUUAUAAUCAAUCAAAUUCCAGGAACGAUCCAAUUCUACCAUUUGAAGACGCUGGCGAACAUGCUGUAAAUGAGUAUUCAUGAUCUGAAAUGAAGAAGCAACACAAAUGGAGC